CUCGGUUUCAGGAAAUCACCGCCAACGCUGAGCUCCGUUGCAACUUCAGCCUCCGCCAUGAGAAGAACGAGAAGAGGAUCAAGGCAAGGCCAUCACCACCACCAACCUCUACAGGCCGACGAGACCUGGUCCGUCAAGCCCCUUCAUGACACUCCUCAACCGCCACAACAAGAUCCCCAUCAUCAAGAAGAGGAGUCGAAUCUUAAUGGUCCUUCAUCCCCGUCCAUUUCUCAGCAACUGCAGUCCCCCGAUUUUACCCCCAAACCGUCCAGAACUCAUCGUAACCCCAACUGGAAAUACCGGCGUGGCCACGUUGCCAAACCUCGGUUCGUCAAAAAAUCCGAGCUCAUUUCUUCAAAAUCUGAGCUGAGUUCUGAGGACAAUAAAGCGAGUUUGAGUGUAAUCGAAGAAGUAAACUGCGACCAAGAAGAAAAUAAAGGAAUCAAGGCUUUCGUGUCCAAGAUUGACGGGGAUGGAGAGGAAAUUGAAGGAGAUGAAUCACAAAACAGUGCGGAUGAUGUUGUGAGUAGGUUUGAGGAGCUGCGGUUAAGGGUGGACGAACCCGAAUUGUCGGAGGAACAGCUGAGAAUCAAUGAUCAGUUGCAAGAGGACGAGUUACUUGCAAUAAAGUCUAUUUACGGAGAAAAUGUUUUCAUCCUUGAUAGAGAGAUGGGCUUACGAUCCUUGAAGAUUCACAUUCACCUGGAAGGCAGUGGAGAGACUAUUAUAACGACAAAGCUAAAUUCAUCUAAUGAUGUUGGUGGAAGUGAGACUUCAGAUGACUUCUCAUACUCGUUCAAAGUCCAAUAUCUUCCACCAAUUGUGUUGACCUGUUUACUACCUAGAUCAUACCCCAGCCAUCUUCCUCCAUAUUUUACCAUCUCUGUUCAGUGGUUGCAUUCAGCUAGAAUUUCCGAUCUUUGCAGUCAGCUCGACUUAAUAUGGAAGGAGCAAGAAGGGCAGGAAGUUAUAUACCGAUGGGCAGAUUGGCUACAAAAUUUCUCGCUUUCUUAUCUUGGAUGUGAUAAAGAAAUAAUGCUUGGUCCUUAUGGCAUUGAGAAUAAUGGAGAGAGGCGUGCAGUUUCAGGAAGUGUCUCCCCUGAUGUUGAUGUACCGUUUAUUCGGAGUUACAAUGAUGAGAUAUGCCAUGAGAACUUCCUCAAAAGCUUGCAUGAAUGUUCAAUUUGUUUUAGUGAGUAUGCAGGAACUGACUUUAUUAGGCUGCCAUGCCAGCAUUUCUUCUGCUGCAAAUGCAUCAAAACUUAUUCUGACAUGCAUAUCACCGAAGGCACCGUAAACAAGCUGCUAUGUCCUGAAGCUAAAUGUGGGGGCAUGGUCCCUCCUGGUUUAUUGAAACGGUUACUUGGUGAUGAAGGGUAUGAACGGUGGGAGUCCCUUAUGCUACAGAAAACACUUGAAUCAAUGUCAGAUGUUGUAUAUUGCCCAAGAUGUGAAACACCUUGCAUAGAGGAUGAAGACGAACAUGCACAAUGCUCCAAGUGCUUCUUUAGCUUUUGUACGCUUUGUAGGGAGCGCCGUCAUGUAGGCAUAGAGUGUAUGACACCAGAACUGAAGCUUCGUAUCUUGCAGGAGCGCCAAAAUUCAUCCCAAUUGAAUCAAGCACAAAAGCACAAGGAGCGUGAGAUGAUCAAUGAAAUCCUUAGCAUGAAGGAAAUAAUGCGUGAUGCCAAGCAAUGUCCAUCAUGUAAGAUGGCAAUCUCAAAAACUGAGGGAUGUAACAAGAUGGUAUGUGAGAACUGCGGGCAGUACUUCUGCUACCGAUGUAACAGUGCCAUUAAUGGAUAUGAUCAUUUCAGGGAUGGGGCAUGUGAAUUGUUCCCACAAGAAAUGAUACGAGACUGGGAGGAAAGGUUAAAUGCACGCCAGGUAUUAGGUCAGGUUCAUGCUCAACUCUUUGCUGAACGUGGACAGCCAUGCCCUAACUGUCGUCAGCUCAAUGCAAAGGUAGGCAACAACAAUCACAUUUUCUGCUGGGCAUGCCAAAUGCACUAUUGUUACUUGUGCAAAAAUAUUGUGAGGCGUAGCUCUCAACACUAUGGACCCAAGGGUUGCAAGCAGCAUACCGAGGGAUAGUGACGCAAUAUCGUCGGACCAACCUAUUUGAAAAGGCAACUGGUAGAUGAGACCAAGGUGGCAGAAAGCCUCUUACAAUUUGAUCUUGCCAUGACAUUGAUAGUCUUCCAAAGGUAAGGAAACAGUGUGGGCUACUUGAAUUAUGUUGCGUAUUUCCUAUUUCUCCCGAAGACGCAUUUUUGGGUGUUGUAACUUGUACACGACAGUAUAGUUUUUUGUUCCCGGUGUCUUGGCAUCAAAAUUCUUUCAAGAAAACGGCCUUGUAAUAAAUCAGGUUCGAAACCGGAAGCUGCUGUGGACGUAUAGUUGUGGAUCAUACAUUCCUCA